AUUGACUUUUUUAGCUUCCUAAGAUAUCCUCAAAGCGUCUCGUCUCCUCCCAGUUCCGGCAAUACAUUGGUCACAGUACACUUACUCUGUUUCUUUUUCAAGGAAAAUUAUGUCUGUCAUUGGAGAGGCUGCUUUAUCUGCUUUCAUGCAAGUGUUAUUUCAGAAGUUGGCAUCCCCAGAUUUACUCAACUUUGCACGUCAAAAGCCAGUCCAUUCUGAGAUUAAGAAGUGGGAGAAAAUCCUACUCGAGAUUCGAGCUGUGCUUGAUGACGCAGAAGACAAGCAGAUGACAAAUCAAUCACUAAGAAUCUGGCUGAGCGACCUCAAAGACCUUGCUUAUGAUGUGGAGGAUGUCUUGGAUGAGUUUGCCACUGAAUCUUUGAGACGCAGGUUGACGGGAGAUCCUGAAGCCAACACAGAUAAGCUUCCAGAAAAACUCUUUUCUACUUCUUGUGCAUGUGCUUGCUUAAAUCCAAGAUGUGCCGUCUUUAAUUCUAAGAUGAACUCCAAGAUAAAGGAGAUCACUAAUAGAUUAGAAGACAUUGAAAUGAGGAGAAACAAAUUGGGUUUGAAAGAGAACAUUGUUGGGGGGACGUCUAGUAAGGUACGGCAGCGAGUUCCCAGUACGUGUUUGCAAGAUGAGCCUCAAGUGUAUGGUAGAGAUGAAGACAAAAUUAAGAUACUAGAGUUGCUUUUAAGGGAUGACACUAGCGAUGCAAAACUCGGGGUGAUCCCCAUUGUUGGAAUGGCUGGGGUUGGGAAAACAACACUCGCCCGGCUUUUAUAUAAUGACGAAGCAUUGCAACAUUUUCAUCCGAAAGCUUGGGUUUGCGUGUCUGAUGAAUUCGACAUUAUGAGAACAACUAAGGGAAUCCUUGAGUCGAUUACUUCACAGCCCUGUGAUCUAAAUGAGUUUAAUGAGGUUCAACUCAAACUGCAGAAAGAAUUAUCCGGCAAAAAGUUUUUGAUCAUUUUAGAUGAUGUUUGGAGUGAUAAUUAUGUGGACUGGAACAUUCUACGUUUCCCAUUUAUGGAUGGAGCAUGGGGAAGUAAAAUAAUUGUGACAACGCGAAAUAUAGCUACAGCACAAAUGAUGGGAACGGUUGAAUGUCACAAUUUGAGACGAAUUUCUGAUGAUGAUUGUUGGCUUGUGUUUUGUAGGCAUGCAUUUGAAAAUCGAAAUACUAGUGUACAUCCAAAUUUUGAAGUUACUGGUAGAAAAAUUGUCAAAUAUAGGUGUGGGGGCUUGCCUUUAGCUGCAAGGACCCUAGGUGGCCUUUUACGCUCAAAACAAAGAGAAGAUGAGUGGGAAGAUGUUUUAAACAGUAAAAUAUGGACUUUAAAAGGGGACAAUGGUGACAUCCUUCCUGUCUUAAGAUUAAGUUAUUAUCACCUUCCUUCACAUUUAAAGAGGUGUUUUGCUUAUUGUGCCAUAAUCCCCAAGGAUUAUGAAUUUGAGGAGAAAGAACUAGUCCUCUUGUGGAUGGCAGAGGGUUUAAUUCAGGAGCAGGACGAUAAAAAGCACUUGGAAGAAUUUGGUAGUGAGUAUUUUCGGGAUCUAGUAUCAAGAUCAAUGUUCCAAGCAUCAGAUACCAGUGAAUCCCGUUUUGUAAUGCAUAACCUCGUGAGUGAUUUAGCUCAGAAGGUUGCAGAAGGAUCAUGUUUUCGAUUGGAGGAUGAGUCAAUAGUCAGGGAACAAUCCAAAAUAGAGAGAGCCCGUCAUUGUUCUUAUAUUCGGGGCUAUUGUGAUGGCAAUAAAAGAUUUGAACCCUUCUACAAGGUCAAAGGUUUGCGAACUUUCUUACCUCUAUCACUAAGAAGGGGCCUAGAAAGCUUUGUGGCAAAUAAUAUUCCUUCUGAGUUGUUAUCAAAAUUAAGAAGUUUAAGGGUGCUAUCUUUCAGUGACUACAACAUAACUGAGCUGCCAGAUUCAAUUGGUGGUUUGAAACUAUUGAGGUAUCUCGACCUUUCAAAUACUAAAAUCAGAACUUUACCCGAGUCAACAACGUCACUCUACAAUCUGCAGACCCUUAUGUUGAGAGAAUGUUCUCGUCUCAGGAAACUGCCUUCAAGGAUGGAAAAUCUUAUCAAUCUUUUACAUCUUGAUAUUGUAGGAGUACAGUUAGCAGAAGGGAUGCCAUCUGGAGUAAAAGAGUUGAAAAGUCUUAGGACACUAUUUGAUUUUUCUGUGAGCAAAGAUAAUGAAGCUGGCAUAACAGCCUUGAUGAACUUGAACUUUCUUCAAGGGUCGCUUCGCAUUUUAGACUUGGAGAAUGUGACUAAUGCUCACGAUGCCAGAGAUUCCCAGUUAAGAGAUAAGAAUUUAGAUGUUUUGUCCCUAAAAUGGGGUUACAAAAAUGAUAAUGCACGAGAUGAAAAACUAGAAAGAGAUGUGCUUGAUGGGUUGCAACCUCAAACAAAUUUGAAAAAACUCUCUAUAAGUGGCUAUUGGGGUACCAGAUUUCCAUCAUGGUUAGGAGAUCCUUCCUUUCAUAAUCUAGUGCUCCUCAGGUUAGAAAAUUGCAACAAAUGCACAUCCUUGCCACAGCUUGGGAUGUUACCCUCUCUCAAGGACUUGGUCAUUAUUGGAAUGUCUAGUAUAAAAAGAGUUGGUCAAGAGUUUUAUGGGGAGAGUUGCUCAACUCCUUUUCCAGUUCUUGAGACUCUCCGCAUCUGGAAUAUGUAUGAAUGGGAAGAGUGGAAUCCGUCUGGUGUUGAAUUUCCAACCUUGCACGAGCUUUACAUUGAAUAUUGUCCCAAGUUGUUAGGAGAAAUACCUAAAUGUCUUUCUUCAUUAAAGAAGCUUGUGAUUCGUGGAUGUCUACAAUUGGUAGUUUCACUUCAAAGCCUUCCAAAGGCCUCUGAGUUGGAAAUUGAAAGAUGCAAAGAAGUGGAUUGUAGCUGUAUGGUAGAUUUUGGCUCGCUGAAGUCCAUGGUUCUCUCUGAAAUCUCUAGGUUAACAUCUGUAACAGAAUGUUUCAUGCAAGUGUUAAGAAGGGUCAAAGAUCUGAAGGUUAGUGGAGAUGUGUUUGUGUCAUUGCUUCCAGUCAAUUCUGAUGUAACAGAGAAACAAAAGCAAUCGGUGCAACAAGGGUCAGCUGAUAGUCAACUUGAGUUUUUGACAUUAACUGAUUGUGAGAAUUUCCCUCAAUGUCUUCAUAACAUUAUGUCCCUUAGAGAGCUUAUAAUUGAAGACUGCCCAAGACUUGUUUCUUUCCCGAAAGCUGGUUUUCCUUCCAUGCUGAGAGUGAUUGGUAUCAGUAACUGCAAUGCUCUAACUUCUUUACCAGAUGCAGUGAGUUUCAGCAAGUUCCUUGAACACUUGGAAAUUGAAAGCUGUGAUUCUUUGGUGUCCCUUGGAAGAGGCCAACUACCUCCAGCCCUAAAAAGACUGCAGAUCAUAUCUUGCAAGAGUUUGCAGAAUUUACUGAGUGAGGGGUCUUCUCUUUCCUCUUCAAAGAGACCAAAGGAUGAGGAGAAUGUUGGCUGCGGAAAAAUUACAUCUAUUCUUGAGUUUUUAUCAGUUGACUACUGUCCCUCUCUUACUUCCUUAGGGGAGUUACCUGAUUCCCUUCAGCACUUAGACAUUGGUUAUUGUUCAGAGAUCAUUUCCUUAUCAUCAGGAGGCAACUUACCAGCCAGUCUUAAGUUCCUUAAGGUUUCAUUUUGUUCAAAGUUGGAGUCAAUAGCUGAGAGGUUCGACAACACCACAUUUCUUGAAUAUAUUGAGAUCAGUCAUUGCAAUGAUCUUGUGUCUUUACCUGAUGGCUUGCACAAGCUCAUCAAUCUCCAUGAGAUUAGUAUAAUCAACUUACCAUGUCUUGUUUUCCUCCCAUGGGGAGGGUUGCCCACAACAUAUUUAAAAAAUUUUUGGGUCCAAGGCUGUGAGAAACUUCAGUCCCUUCCUGAUUAUGUGCACAACCUCACAACACUUCAAGAACUGGUUAUACAUGAUUGUCCAGGCAUUGUAUCCUUUCCAGAAGAAGGCUUUCCUACCAAACUAAUUUCACUUUCAGUUUCCAACCUCAAAUUAUCAAACUCACUGUUUGCAUGGGGUUUACACAGACUAACUUCUCUUAGAUCACUUUGUAUUGAAGGCGGUUGUCCUGAUGUGGUGUCAUUCCCAAAUGAUGAGAUAGGCAUGGUGCUGCCUUCCUCUCUUGUUGAUUUGGCCAUUAAAGACGUACCAAAUCUGAAAUAUCUCUCCACCAGUGGGUUUCAAAACCUUGCCAUGCUUCAAGUUCUGUGUCUUCGUAAUUGCCCCAAGCUAGUCUUCUUUCCCAAGAGGGGUCUGCCUCUCUCACUUAUGCAGUUAUACAUCUUUGAUUGUCCUCUGCUAAAACAGAGGUGUCAGAAGGAUAAAGGGAAAGAGUGGUCCAAGAUAGCCCACAUUCCUCGAGUUCAGAUAGAUUGGAGAUCUGCGUUCGAGCCAGAUGAUAUCUAAAUGAUAAAAACGAAGGGAGAUUCAUUUUUCUUGAUGUCUAUUGACAUUGGCAUGCAUAAUCACUGGAAAUCCACACUUCUUCCAAUUGUUCAGACUGUUGGAUAUUGCAAAUUCUUUGUUCACCUGAGCUGUCCGAUCUGCACGCUAUGGAUAAUAAUUCAAAUCAUCAGAGUAAAUUUUAUGAAAAAUUGAAGUCUGCACACUAGCAUUCAAUGAAAAAGAGAUGGUGGUCCAUAGGUGGCGCCUUGGAUGGCGAAUGAUCCUAAAUGAGAAUUAUCACUAUAUGUCUGUUGAGCCAGCGAGAAGUAUAUCAUGUUGGCUUACUGAAGCAGAAUUGCAGUAUCAAUUUAAGGGGAGUCUUGAAGCAGAAUGGUGUGGCAAAGAUCUUUCAUCUUCUUCUUGAUGAUUAAUGCUUUCAAAAGAUACAUCGGUUGAUUCUCCAAAAACUGAAGAUUUCAUACAAUGCAAUAUUUUCUACCAGGGUGAGAGGAACCCAUCCUUCUUUCACCACAUCACAUGUAAAAUUUCAGAAGAUGCAGUUAAUGGUUUCAUAUUUUCGUUGCAUGAAUCUCAAACAUGUCAAUACUCUAUUAUAGUGCCCAUAUCAUGAAGUGUCAGUACAAUGGUAAGGUCCGCUACGCUCUCAGGUGGAAAACUCAUAUUCGAUCAUUAGAGAAGGUAUUGUUGGGAUAGUCGACCUGCUAAACUCACAUCAAACUCAGGGAUUUCUCUUCAUUUCUCAAAGCACGCUAAAGAGGUGUAGUUCUAGGAAGGCUCAUGGUUUUGAGAUUCUCAGCGUACAAAACCGAUUGAGAGAUGAAGAAACUUUCCCAUUACUUUCAGAAAAUAAUAGUUCAGCUAAUUAUGCUGUUUACAGUUGCAGAAAGUGAGAAAAGGCGAUAAUUAGUUGCCAGCUGUUGGUUGUAACUGAAAAACAAAGCUACAUAACUAAUUGACAAAAGUAACUUGCUGAAAAUAAAUUAUUUGCUUGCUUCUCCGGUAAUACUCGGGAAGAAAAUUUGCAGGCCUUGUAAGUGAGUUCGUUGUAUCG